AACCAGAGGGCUCGAUUGAGAUUUGAGAGACGGCCUGGCACCCCACGCUUUCCCCUCCCCUCCCAAAUCCCCGGCCCCGCCGCCGGGCCUCCGCCGCCGCCCUCGCCGCGGAUCACGUUCGCGGCGGCUUGCCCCGCUUCCGUGCGGCGUCGACAGGAGGAGGAGGAGGCGCAGAGGCGGGGAAGGCUGUCGCUGGAUCUUGUGGCGCCGCCGUGCGCCGGGAGUGAUCAUGAGCUCUAGAAACCUCGUCCGAUCUCCCGUUUCCUGUAGUGCUUCUAUUAAUGGAUGCUUCACUUCCAAUACAUGUCGUUCAAGAAACUACCAUCAACAUUCUCAUAACACUAGUUUGCAAAGUUUCCAAGCGUACCAGACUCUUUUGCCUCAAAAAUUAAGAAAAUCAGCUCAGCGGAACGCUUCAUUUUUCACCCAGAGGAAGUUUAUACCGCACUGUUCAUCAGACCUUAGUACCUCAUGCAGAGAAGAAGUGCCCAACUACUUAGCUGUCAGUGUUUUGCAAGACCAAGCAAAUACAAGACAGGGAGCUGUUCGUAAAGUUCUUGUCAUCUUGAAUCCUAAUUCAGGAUUUCGAAGCACUCGGGAUGUUUUCUACAAGAAAGUGCAAUCGAAACUAAAGCUUUCAGGCUUCAUGAUGGAAGUUGUCGAAACAGCAUAUGCUGGUCAUGCAAAGGUUCUUGCUUCUACUGUUGACCUCAAAAAAUUCCCUGAUGGUAUUGUAUGUGUUGGUGGCGAUGGAAUUGUAAAUGAGGUUUUGAAUGGUUUACUUGGUAGAGAUGAUUUUGAAGUGGCAAUUCGACUUCCCAUUGGGAUAAUACCUGCUGGUUCUGAUAAUUCGUUGGUGUGGACUGUUCUUGGCAUCAAGGAUCCUGUUUCUGCUGCAAUUGCUUUAGCUAAGGGCAGUUUCACACCAAUAGAUGUGUUUGCUGUAAAAUGGAUCCAAGCAGGUGUUACUCAUUUUGGUUUGACAGCUUCCUACUAUGGUUUUGUAGCUGAUGUUCUGCAACUAUCUGAAAACUUCCGCCUGCAGCUUGGUCCCUUCCGAUAUGUUGCUGCUGGCCUUCUGAAGUUCCUUUCAUUACCUCAAUACAGAUUUGAGGUGGAAUAUCUGCCUUUAUCACCUGGGACAAAUCCUGAGCUGAAAUCACCGACUGAAAAAAGUCAUGAGCAACUUUCUGACGAUGGCAAGGUUACGGGAGGUAUACAACUUGAUGGUAGGAUUGGAGAUAGCUGGGUUACCAGGAAAGGGGAGUUUCUUGGCAUUUUUGUCUGCAAUCACUUUUGCAAGCCUGCACGGGGGUUACUUUCUCCAAUUAUUGCACCGAAAGCUCAGCAUGAUGACGGCAGUCUGGACUUGAUUCUUGUCCGUGGAAGUGGCAGACUCAAACUAUUUUGCUUCUUCGUCGCCUAUCAGCUUUGCUGGCAUCUCCUACUCCCUUAUGUGGAAUAUGUCAAGGUGAAACAAGUAAAGAUUAGGCCGGUUGGCAAUACUCACAAUGGUUGUGGUGUCGAUGGGGAGCUUCUUCGCGGAGAGGGCAAAACCGAAUGGCAGUGCUCGCUGCUUCCAGCACAAGGCCGUUUGCUUGGUCGGCAUCCCGGUUCUUCAAAGUAGCUCCCCCUGGCAGUCGUUCUGCUGUGUUGAGCAAUACUGCCAUUGUUUAUUUAUGGAAAGCAAAAGAAUUUAUCGUCCACUACUGUUUUCAACUAUGUACUGUGAAUUAUGUAAAAAAAAAUAUUGUUCACAACCUUGUCGCGUGGUGGUCCUGUGGGGAUGCGCUUCAAAAAAAGAAAAGAAAAGAAAAGAAAGAGUCCCAUCAGGAUGCUCGGUCCGGACUAGGGUGGAGGGAAUAUAGCAAACGGUGAGAUUCAUCAACUCUCCUUUCUGCACCA